GUUCGUUAUGCGAUCAUCAUUGCUAAUUAUAUAAUGAAGGACAUGGCGUUGCGGCCGCCUCAGGGUCAGUGCGCACCCAUCCUGGAAAUUGCCUCCGCGAGCGAUUGACCGUACCCUAUCUCCACUUCUCGUCCUGGAUAAAUCUGAUGAGCGUUGGACUGCCAGUCUGCAGCAACGGAUGGCCCGCCACGAUGUUGAGGAACCGCUCUAGGCCCUGUCUGCGUUCCUCUAUGAAGUCGUCGUCGAACCGGUUGUUGUAAUUGAGCAGCGACUUGUCCGGCAGUUUUGGGAUCACCACGCGGGUGGUUUCCUGCUGGAGGAUCUUGCGGAACGCGUCGAACUCGCUGAACCGUCUGCGCACCCGCGAGUACUUUUUCUUGAACGCGGGGAUGUUGGUCCGGCACACGAUCUCGUAGUCGGUGUACAUAUUGGUCGUCUUGUUGCCGUGGGUGACCGGGUUGACCACCUCGAGCUCCAAAAAGUUCUCUGGCUCGCCGUAGAGCUCGUCGAACGUCUGUUUGUGUUGUUUUGGGCGCACAGACGAAAACGACUCGAACGGAUUGGGCAUUGAAACGGAAAUAAUUAAUUUGAAAUAAUUGCAAAAUAUUCCUUAAAAACACCCAUUCGGACCUCUUGAUGGCCUUCGAGGAAUUUGGAGAUCAGCAGUACGCCAUGGCUCGCUACAGCGAGAUGCCGGCCCACCUAGACGAGGAGGGCAUAGGCGUUUCGGAUGAUCUGGAAGAAGAGCUCUCGCCCGAGAACGGCGAGGUCGACAACGAGCAAGAGAACGACGCAGAGGACGACUCGGACGAGUUCGGAGGGCCGUCUGGCGCGUUCAGCAACGUGGGACAAGGCCUGAGCGGCAAGUACAAAAACAUGAUGAUGCAAUACUGGCAGGAAACCAUCAAUUCGAUCGAGCACGAUAACCACGACUUCAAGAACCACCAGCUCCCGCUGGCGCGGAUCAAGAAAGUGAUGAAGACCGACGAGGAGGUCAAGAUGAUCUCUGCAGAGGCCCCGAUCCUCUUCGCAAAGGGCUGCGACAUCUUCAUCACCGAGCUGACGAUGCGGGCGUGGAUCCACGCCGAGGAGCACAAGCGCAGAACGCUGCAGAAGUCCGACAUCGCGGCGGCGCUGCAAAAAAGCGACAUGUUUGACUUUCUCAUCGACAUUGUGCCUCGCGAGGAGGAGAAGCCUCGCAAGAAGCACUCUCAGCACCUUGCGAACCUGCAAAGCCCGAUGGACCCGGACUACCAGAUGCGCUACCAGCAGCAGUACAUGCAGCAGGUGUAUUCUCCGAUGCCCAUGCAGAAGGGCGACAACUACGAGUACUAGGGCCGGUAUGCCUGUUACGUAACGGCUUAUAUAACGAAUCGACUUAUGUUCUGGCGACGCGGCGCAAAAUC